GUUAACUACGGUAUAAAACGUUCACCAUGGACAGUCAGAAGACUUACACUGACAAUGAGAUUUCGAAUAAUACCAACACGCUCACUGUGUCAGACAAAAUUAGGUUUGCUUCAUCUACUACCACCACAUUUGAACUACAUGUGUUUAACAUGCAGGAGGAAAUACGCAACAUCCAUAGAGAAGAAGACUUAUAUUUAACAGAGAAACUGGUCAGCCCCUUCUACAAUGAAACUCUUCCAGGGAGCAACUUUUACAGAAAGAACACUAGAGAUGAAGAAACGCUGAUCAAAAGCUUAGAAGAGGAAAUCAACAUCAUUAGGGUCAGCAACAACGAUUUAUUGAUGAGGAUGAACAAUAUCACUCUGGCUACAGGGCAGCUUGGAAUCAGAGGAGAACCUGGUCCUCCAGGUGCCACAGGGGAGAAAGGGAGUCAAGGUGAAAAGGGGAGUCAAGGAGAAAAAGGUGAGAAGGGAGACCCGGGUCUAGGAGGACCACCUGGACGCAAAGGAGAUCAAGGGUCAAAAGGUAUUGGAUUUCCUGGGCAGAAAGGAGAGAAGGGUAAUCCUGGAGAAAAUGGCUCUCAAGGUCUUUCUGGCUCCAGUGCUCAGAAAGGGGAGAAGGGUUCACCUGGAAAGGAUGGUACUCCAGGGAUACCUGGAGUAGCAGGUGUUCCAGGUGCCAAGGGAGACAAGGGAGAAGCAGGGAUAGAAGGACCCAAUGGGACAAAAGGAGACCAAGGAGUCCAAGGUGUAAGAGGACCACAGGGAGAAGUUGGAAGUAAAGGAGACAGUGGCCUUGCUGGUCCAAAAGGUGAACCAGGAAUGAAAGGAGAAAGGGGGCCUACAGGUCUUCAAGGAAGUAAAGGUGAAGCAGGUGAGAAGGGAGUGAUGGGCCCCAGAGGACCAAUUGGAAACAAGGGAGAAGCAGGGCCACCAGGUGUGAAUGGCAGUGAGAGUGCACUUGGGCUUCCGGGACAGAAAGGAGACACAGGUCUGAAAGGAGAAGCUGGUGCCCCAGGACUUCCUGGUUCAGAUGGCAUACCUGGUCAGAGAGGGGAGAAGGGAAUUCCAGGAGAGAGGGGGCCUCAAGGUGAAAAGGGACGGACUGGAACAGCAGGCAUUCCAGGACCAAAGGGAGAACGGGGAGAUUCAGGGCUUAGAGGCCUACCUGGUGAAAAGGGAAGUAAGGGGAAUUAUGGCUCUCCAGAGGCCACACCAGACUCCAAUGCCAGCAUGCAGUCAGGCAGUUUUGGAUUUCUCCCACAUCUAAUUCUUGUUAGCGAUGAAGAAAAUGCACCUGCCAGAUGA